AUGACGGAAGAACGAAUUAGCGAAAUGGAACAGGGCAACACGUGUCAGCUUGGUGCGCAAUAUUUCCAGGACGCCUUACCCUUGCACAUAACACAAUUUGUAUACUGCAACACACCCAACUUCCUCGAAGGAGAUCAUCGCAUUGGUACAAGGUGGUUGAGUGAUUGCAAUGCAGGGAAGAUUAUCAUAGCUGAUAAGGAUAUGUCGAACGCAUAUGAAGCUAUUCCUGGUUUGAGGGAUUUGAUGCCAAGUGAAUAUGGAGGAACGCGAGGCUCAUUCGAUAGAAUCUGGGGCGAAACGGAGGCUACCAUACGUUCCAUUAGCCAAAACCUGCCGAAGUUUGAGAUUGGCAUAAACACCGGCGCGCAGGCAAAGACCUCUUCUGGCCAUACACGUGCAAAGGCGGAAGUAGUAACUGCGUUUCAUGAAUUCGAAAACGUCACAAGGCGCCUUCCGCCCGUCAUGUGGCAGCCGAUUUGGCUGGUCGGUGAGGAGGAGAUGCACCUACUGAGAUGUGCAAUCGACACCUAUCGAGGUUGGCGUGGAUAG